UGUCCCUUCAUGGAAUGCGCUAAUCCCAGUGCCCCUCUGUCCCUCCUCCCCAUCUGCUCCCCCGUCUCCUUCCGUCCUGUCUCCUUUUCCAGGUGACCCUGCCUCCCCUUCUUUCCCGCUUCGCCCCCGUCUAGUGGUGUUUGCCCCUGCUCCCUCUCUGUGCCCCCGUCCCCCCCAGCAGUCCCCCCCAGAUCCAUCCUAGCCUCUCCCCGACCCCCCGCCUCUCUCUGCUCCCCCGACAGAUGCCCUGCUGGCUGAUCUGGAGACCACAACCUCUCACAUUUCCAAGCGCCCAGUACUGCUCACGGACUCUGGGGCAGCCCACGCCAACGGGCUGGGGCAGGAUGGGAUGCCUGAGGCCAGGCCCCCCCCGCCGCCCUACAACCCUCAACAGCAGGCCAUGUCCGUGGCCCCUCCGCCUGUCUCUGCCCCGCCUAGCGGGGGCGACAAAGAGCAUCUCUACAGCACUGUCUGCAAGCCCCGCUCGCCCCGGCCCAAGGAGCCAGCCGCGCCACCCUUUUCCUCGUCCAGCGGGGUGCUGGGCGCCGGCCUCUGUGAGCUGGACCGGCUGCUGCAGGAGCUCAACGCCACGCAGUUCAACAUCACAGAUGAAAUCAUGUCCCAGUUCCCAUCCAACAAGGGCCCUGAUGGGGAGAAGCGGAAGGAGAAGUCAGAGGAUGCUGGGGAAGGGGGGUCCCCAAGCCGCUCUGCUGGCUCCACCCCACCUCCUGUGAAGCCAUCAGCCACAUCUGCUACCCUGGAGCUGGACAAACUCAUGGCCUCCUUGUCGGACUUCAGAGUCCAGAGCAACCUCCCGGGGGUCUCGGCUGCGCCGCCCCCGGCCCCCACCCGAGUCUCCCUGGCGCAGCAGCUGGUGGUGUCGUCCGUCUGCCCCAGCCCCUCUGGCCCGGCCCCCACAGCAGCGCCGGCCCCGCAGGGUGGCAAUUUGGACAGCAUGCUGGUGAUGCUGCAGUCGGACCUGAGCCGCCAGGGGAUCUCCACCAGCACCAAGGGGCUGUGUGCCUCCUGCCAGAAACCCAUCGCGGGGCAGGUGGUGACGGCGCUGGGCAACACCUGGCACCCCGAGCACUUCGUCUGCACCCACUGCCAGAAGGAGAUGGGGGGCAGCAACUUCUUCGAGAAGGAUGGCGCUCCCUACUGUGAGAGGGACUAUUUCCAGCUUUUCUCGCCCCGCUGCGGCCUCUGCAACGAGCCCAUCCUGGAUAAAAUGGUGACAGCUCUGGACAAGAACUGGCACCCGGAGCAUUUCUGCUGUGUGAAGUGUGGGAGGCCCUUUGGGGAGGAAGGCUUCCACGAGAAGGACGGCCAGCAGUACUGCCGCCAGGACUUCUACGAGCUCUUCUCCACGCGCUGCCAGGGCUGCAGCCAGGCCAUCCUGGAGAACUACAUCUCGGCCCUCAGCGCCCUCUGGCACCCCGAGUGCUUCGUCUGCAGGGAGUGUUACGCGCCGUUCCUGCAGGGCAGUUUCUUCGAGCACGGCGGGCGGCCCUUCUGCGAGACGCACUACCACAAGCAGCGGGGCUCGCUGUGCUGGGGCUGCGAGAAGCCCAUCGCCGGGCGCUGCAUCACCGCCAUGGCCCGCAAGUUCCACCCCGAGCACUUCGUCUGCGCCUUCUGCCUCAAACAGCUCAACAAGGGCACCUUCAAGGAGCAGAACGACAAGCCCUACUGCCACCCCUGCUUCCUCAAGCUCUUUGGCUAAGCCACGCCCUUGUCCGGGCAGGCCCCGCCCCUAGGCCCAGCCACACACCCCGCAGGCCCCGCCCCUGGCCCAGCCAUGGUGGGCAAGCCACGCCCCACCCCACAGCCGCACUUCAGCAGGCCAUGCCCUGGGCACAUUCACGCCCUGGCAGGGGGGCCCCCAUGGCAAGGCAACUCCCCGGCAGGCUCCUUACCUGGCAUAGCCACACCCAUCAUCUCUGAGUGGGCGACGGAAAGGCCAUGGCCCCCAGCACAGCCACGUCAAUCAUUGCCAAAGGCUGGGGAAGCCACGCCUUCCAAGCCAACCUGGGAAGCCCCGCCUCUUUCAGAGCCACACCCACAACCGGCAGGGGGCAGCACAUCUGCCAUUCCUCCCAUGCUGCUGAUAGGUCUUGCCCCAUCAAGCCGCCUGGAGGCCCCGCCCCCAUGCUAAGCAGAAUUUGAACCCCAGGCCCACAGGGGAUGGGCACUGGUCAUGGAUCUCCUCAUCCAACAAGAAGGCAUGGCCGUGGGGGGCAGAGAGGAAGGGCCACUGGGCUAAAGCCUGCCUUCAAUGGGGUGUGGCUGUCUGGGCUAAGUCCCGGCCCCUGGGCACAGCAAAGGGGGGCGUGGCUUAUUUUUUCCAAAACUCCCGUUGAAAUGUCAUAGGAUCACAAAGUGUCUUCAGCUCUGGGCUGGGGGUGUGUGUGGGUGGGGAAUGGGGGGUGUAAAAUGGGGCAGGUGGGAGAUAAUUGGGGAGGAAGGGGUUUAUUACAAGCACAAAUAAGGGAGGUAUUUUAUACUCAUGCUGAUGUGUUGCUGUUUAAACACAGUGGGGGUCACUCCAGACUGGCACCAACAAUCCUCAUCUCCAACACUAUGUGGCUGUUAAACAGCCCUUGCGUCCUGCCCCAGAGGUGGCUGCAUCACAGCACCAGGCGCGGGAUCUCUGUAUAAACAGCCCCUGUGCGCCACCACAGAGACAAUGGGGUGGGGAACAGGAUGGGAGGCCUUUCCCCUCUAGGGGACGCUGGUGUGUGGAGGAGUGAUUGCCUGCUUAUGGGGCCCCUACCGUGUUCCACAAUGUGUCUUGUCUUUUAUUUUGCUUUUUAUACACUCAGUUAUGCUGAAGCGUUAAGUAUUUAUUGUAAUUUUGGGCUCUUUUAAGGAGCGUUCAUGACAGCACUCUGGGCUCUGUUCCAGCUUGGAGACAGGAUCGGGAAGACGGAAGAGCCAGAGAGCCUGGGGGCCGAGAGUAAUGGGUCCUGUGGGGGGAGAGGGAUUGUAGGCAGAGAGCUUUCUGGUUUGAAAGAGGCCAGCGAUAACGGUGAUGAGACAGAAGAGCUCAGGGAAUGAGACACAGGGCCUUGCCCCUCUAAGGGGCGCCAGGUCUGAUCCAUCCUAAGCACUGGCUGGCUCAAACUGUGGGCAGUGGGCCAGUGGCCUUUCCCUUCUGGGGGGGCUGGUCCCAGCUUACUUGCUGGGGGAGCAGGCAGGGCCCGGGUGGGUUUUCUUGCUGAGCUAGGAUUGUAUCAGGGUCACAUUUUUUUUUCUUUUACUGUAUAAGCCCAAAAUGCUUCUUCACUCUCACUGCUGUCCGGUGCCCAGCGGGCAUUGGCACACAUGGGUCAUUUCUACCCAGCGUGCGCUCACUGCUGUAUCCAUGGGUAUUACAGAAUAAAAGCCACGUUUGAAUAAAA